AUGCUGCCGGACAUGGCAUCAUCCGAACAGUGGAGGACCUUCGUCCAGCGAUGUCUGGCACAUCGCGUAGACGUCGAUGAGUUCAAGGGCCUCUCAAAAUUGAUGCAAGUUCGAUCCCCUUUGAAAGAAAAGGAUCUGCUUGAUCUUCUCCUGGGGGCCCGCUCCGCAUCCAGCAUCGCGUGGGACCCGCUCCUGCCAGUCUACGUCGACGGGCUGUGCAAGAUCGGUCAGGUGAAGGCGUCCUCAGCAUUGAAUUGUCUUCUGGCGCAUUCGUCUAUUCGCGGAAAAUCAGAAACACCGCGCAAGGCUUCGACCUUGAUGACGGAUAUCAAGGUCAUCCAGGAUGUCAUGCUCUCCAUCUCGAGUGGAUUGGUCCCAAAGAGGAUUGCGGAGGCGGCUGAGCUUUAUGAUGCGGCUGUGGAGUGGAUUACGGCUGUUGUGGAGUGGCACAACAACAGUAUCUUGCAGCAGGGUGGCGGGCUGAUGAGCUGUCCUGACGCGGUGUCUUUGUUUGAGUCUCUUGGUAUCUUGCUUGCGGCUUUGUCGGGCACCUCGAAGGGCCUAGAAGUAUUAUCUAGCGACUACCAUCAGGGAUUGAAAACAAAGCUGGGCCAGGCUCUCACCUCGUAUGUGCCUUUGUGUGUCGACGUGUCCUUGCCUCUUCGGCACAGGCUGGACGCCCUGCAGAAGGAGUUUAAUCUGUAUGGAGAGCAGCCAUCCAAGCAAUUGGAUCAUCCGGCUAUUGAGGGGAUGAAUGUUGGUGCCCUCCAGUUCGAGGCUUCGGUGAUGGACGGCCCGGUGAUCAACACUAGAGCUGGUCUCUAUGUGUAUCUCAAUUCCAUGCUUGUAGGACGUCCUUUGGUCGAUGACUCUAUGUUGAUCAAUUACCUGACCAACCGCUAUGAGGGUCACCAAGAAGUCUUGGUGGAGGAAAUCACCACAGCAGCCUUCGACGUCUUAUCCAAUGGCGUCAACCGCAACGAGUCUAGCCGGACGAUGUUCCUGUUCCGGACUUUCCUGGUCAACAAGCUCCCGGCAUUUUUUGCCGCAAUGACAGCGGCAUCUAUGGUGCCAAUUCCGAUGGAAAUGUGUAUUACUCAAGCAUUAAACCGCCUCGACCCGAAUGCAUUCCCGUCUUUCUCUCAGAUGUUCUCCAUGCAGGGAAACAGCAUCCUCUCAGACGCCCGCCAGGAGUUCCUGUUUGCCUGUGCAUCUCACAGGCUGAUUCAGGAGUCUAGCAUUGAGCGGCUUCUAGGAGAGAAUCCUAUGCAGACUGUGCCUGUGGGUGGUCCUUACCAAAAGGAUGAUCUUAUCUCACAGAUCCACAACAAUCCUGAGCGCGCUGAGCAAUUGAUUGGUGAGAUCGAGUCGAUGGAGGGCAAUGCAGGCGCGAUCGUGGGCGCGAUUACUGAGGUCAUGUACAGCCUCUGCAAUCAGAAAGAGACAAUGACUCUGAAAAACAUCUGCAACUCCCUAUCCCGGCGCCCACAGGCCCUGGAUGUCAUCCUCCUUUUCCGCACCACAAAGCAGGUCGUACAACCUCUCUGCGCUCUGCUGGAUUCCUGGCACUGGGAUGAAGACCAAAGCGAAAACCAGCCGGUCUACGAUGAAUUCGGUAGCAUUCUACUGCUGGUGCUUGUCUUUAAAUAUCGCUAUGACCUGAGUCCCGCCGACAUUGGGAUCUCAAGCACUGACUCGUUCUUGUUGAAACUGCUGGAUCGGGGCUCUUGCAGCCAGAAGCUGAGCGAGCUGAGCGAGAAGCAGAACAAGGAUCUUGGUGCGUGGAUCGCGGCUUUAUUUAUAGCUGAGGGUAUCAAUGAAGAGACCAUGUCCACUUGUAGUCCCCAGGAGUUCUACAUGCUUGUUGCGACCCUGUUUGAUCAGAGUCUCGGGGUGUGCGAGUCAGAGAAAAUGGAUUUUGAGACACUAAAGGGCGGAUUUGAAUAUCUUCUCGAACCCUUUUUACUUCCAUCCCUGGUUGUGGCCCUGAUAUGGCUUGGCAAUCACAUCUGGCAAUCGGAAACUGAGCCCGAAAUCCCCCUGAAGACUCUCUACUCUUUAGUCAAACCCAGCUCCAUCUCCGGCGAAGCGCAAGCCAUUCAUAAAACCGUCCUGAAUAUCACCGCUCGCCCGUUGGAAGAACAACUGAAGGACGUUCGAACAAGACAUCAAGCCCGCCAAAAUAUUGACAAGAUCUCAGAUAUUAAACCAAUUCUAGAUACCCUCGACCCAUAUCUCUCCUUCCGGCGCGUGGGUAGCUGCCACCGCUCCGAGCUCGAGGUUUGGGCUGCCCCGACGGCAGGCGGCUUCCCAGGCAGCAUCCGCAGUACCCUGCAAUCCUUAGUUUUAUGGAGCACCGGAUCAGGAAUCUCCAUGCAGCCACAGUCCUACACGCACCGUCAGCUGCUCGCCGGGAUCCGCAUCCUCGGCGCUGCGCGCAUCCUCGGCGCAUUGAUUGAUGAACUGAAACAACAGACCGAGGCAGGCAGCGGCGACCUUGCCCUAGACGUCGCGGCGGCGAUGGUCUGCGCCCCGAUGGCUGAGUCCUUUGCCGUGGACCAGAACAUCUGCCACCCAGUCGAUCCCACCAAGGAAUCGCUCCCCCGCUGCGCUAUCCUGACUCUCCGUGAUGCCCUCACUCUGCAGCACGACAACGUCCCCAAAAUCUCUGAGAAGGACCCCCUCCGCGCAGAAGUUAUCGUGCGCCUCUGGCGCCGCGUCAGCGUCCUUGCCGCCCCGCCAUCCCAGGUAUCCAACAUCGACGUUAGCAACAUCAUUCAGAACAUGGAACUCGGCGUCGAGGGCCAGGACCGCAUGGAUCUUGAGCACACAGGCGCGGGUGCCGGCGGUAAUGCCGUUGGUGACGAUGACCCGGAGAACCUCAACCAGAUGCUGGAUAAGGCUGCGGCGGCCGCGGCAGCCGGAAUGGAUGGCGGUGUUGGUGUCGGGCAGGAUAUGAGGCUUGAUGCUGGGGUUAGUGGGAUGGAUGCGAUUGACGAUGUGCUCAACGCGGCGGACAUGGCGGUGGGUAAUCCGGAGUUCCUCGACUUAGAUAUGGAGGGCAUGUUUUAG